GAUUUAAAUUUUUGAAAACAAAAAAAAUUUAAUCUUUUUUGAUAUGUCAUUAAGUUAUGAGAUUUUUUUUAAGUUUCAGGCUAUCAGUUAUUGAUAAAUUCAAUAGAAACUAAGAAAAAAUGGGUAAUAUUUUUGCUUGUAUAGAUGAUCUUACAAAAUCAGAUGCAAGAGGGACGUACGAUAUGUCACUAGUAAGAUCAAAAAAAUUACCCAUAAUUUGGUUAUUGGGACCUCCAGGAUCCGGAAGAUCCACCCAAGCUAACAUUUUAUCCGAAAAACUGGGUUACGAACUCAUCAAUGUAGCAGAAUUGAUUAAAAAAGAAGCUUUACUUGAAACCGAACGAGCUUACAUUAUUAAAGAUGUUUUGGAUAGUAAAAAUAGAAAAGUUCAAGAUGACUUGGUUGUUGAUCUUAUAAAAGAAGAAAUGCUUAAAAACGUAAACGAAGCGACCGGAUUCAUUAUCAAUGGUUUUCCUAGAACUGCUAAACAAGCAGCACUUUUUGUUAAAGAAAUUAAAGACGUAGAUGUUGUUAUUUAUCUUUAUUUGGAAACGAUGAAAAUGGUUAAUAGACUACGGGAAAAAGAAGGAAGUAUCGACGAAGACGCAGUUAAAAACGAUAUUUUUACUUAUGUUAAGGAAGUUAAGGAUGGCACAGCUAAAUUUGCAACAAAAGUAGAAAAAAUUUACACAGACGGUUUACCAUCAGAUGUAUUCCAAAAAAUAGAAUCCAUAAUACAAUUGAGAAUGAAACCAACCCAAACGAUUAUGUAACAAAAGAAACAUCAACAACAUCCGACAUCUACAAUUCACUAUAAUUUUUUUUUAUCCUCAUUUAUUCAUUUCCAUUAAAUCAUUAUUAGUAACUCACAAA